AGUGCCAUCAAUUAUUGUAAUGAGGACUACGUGCAUAGCAGCCUUUGAAUCACGACGUACUGAUUUAAUCGUUUAUCGAAGCUCCCUUCCUAAUUUUGUAACUACAUUGAUUAAAGUCGUUAUCCAAUUUAUUUAACAAUUCUAACAGUCAGUUUGAGGUCACCUGGUCACUUGUACGCUAUCGAGGUGGGGUGAACUGAGUAGACUGAAAGCAAUCAGCAUGUGUUGAGCUGUUGCCACUCUUGAGUAGACUUCUGGAUACGUCGUAUUUACAUUGAGUUUCUUGAAGGGACCCACAGUAAUAUAUACAUUCAAAUAUUUCUAUGACUUUCCAGUCGUAUUAUUAUUUUAAUUCCUGAAAUCUUUCUCGUUCUUUGAAUACGAGAAAUCAGGCAGUUUUAUUCAUUGUGUGAGUGCAAUCGAGAUUAUUAUGUGAAAUCCAAACCACAAAUAUUCAUACUGAAUUUCGUAAGCAGCUUAAGAAAUCUCAAGGAAACAAAAUUGAUAAAGUAUGCGACUGAACAUGAGGACAAUUACUUCAGGGUCUAUCUGUUUCGUGUUCUGCUACCUUUGGGGAGCUGCAGCGAAUUCUCCAGAGAUCCUAAAGCAAAUUAAUGGUAUCCCUGGACUUGAGGGAGCAAACUUAACUGCCAUUAACCAGACUGUAGCACUUGGGAAAAUUAAUGAGAUGAAAGAAUUGUUGAAAGAAAAAUGUGAUAAGAAUGGAGGAACAGGGACUUUCGAUAAAGUUUUUGCUGCCAAAGACGAACUUUUUAAUUGUGUGAAGAACUUAGUGAACUUUACUGUCCUCAACCAGGAGAUGGAGGCCGCUAAACCUACUGGAGAUCUUGACAUUGUUUUUAAGAAGUAUUGUGAUAAAAGGGGAAUUUUUGAAGAGUGCAUUUCGAAUUUCACUAAUGUUUUGGAUCCUUGCUUGGAGCCCAUAGAGAAGGAUAAUCAAGCAAUAGUAAAAGAUGCUACACAUUCAGUGUUGGACUUCAUUUGUCAUAAAGAAGGUGAUCGAAUUGCAUUGUUCAUUGGCUCCGGUGGCAAGGAAUGUUUUCAGCAGAGAUACACUGACGUGGGGAAAUGUAUAAAUGCUACAUAUAGCAAAUAUAUUCGAACUAACGACACUAAGCCUGGAAUGUCAACAUUUGAUAAAAUCCCUAUUUUCCAAUUUGAUGCUCAAAAAUGCAGUGAUGCGUCCGAAACUCAAGCUUGCAUCGUGAGAGAAUUGGAGAAAUGUGAUGAUCCUACACCUGGAAAUCUCAUGGACUCCUUAAUGACCUUUGUCAAACGCCAAACUCCCUGUGCAAAGUUUGUGAGAUCUAAUGCUGAAAGAUCAGUAGCAGAACCAGUUAUCAGCGGAGCAGUUUCCACCAUACCUUACUCUAUCAUUUUAUUAUAUAUCCCUAUCCUUUUAACCUUUGUCUAAAUUUAUAGAGCCCACGUUGAUCAUGAUUCUGAGCUGAUCACUCAAUUGCAAAAUUAAUGUAACUUUCAAAUCAAUUGAGGUGGACAAAAAUAUAUGAAAUUCAUGACAAAUUA